AUGUCACAGAUGGAAGUAUCAGUCGUAACUAGGGAACCUAGUUCGUCUCAGGUGUCUGAGCCAAUGGAUACUACAGCAUUACAAAGGCUUUUCGAAAGCAAGAUGUCUUUGACUGAUUCUACGCAUUCUCACUCCAAUCAAGUUAAAAUGAACAAACAUUCUGAAGGCUCACAUUCAGCUCCUCUUCAAGCUAAAGUAUUUGGCCAGACAUCGACCAAUGCGCCAAGGGCGGCGCUGGGCAAUAUCACUAAUAAUGUGAAAACCACGACGAGAGAAGCUUUGAAGCCUCUCAAAGCAGUUCAACCGACGAAUAGAGUGCAGGUCUACAAGGAUGUCGAUUCAAAGCCAACUGUUGGCCCAAAAGAGACAGCUCCUUCUGUUCCUGCUCCGAAAGAAACUGUUCAUGAGUCGCCCAUGGUCCCCUCUGAGAUCUCUUCAAUCCACUCGAGCCCGAGAACAUCGAGGAGGUGUCAGAUCGUCAUCCCGAACUUAGAUGACAAAUCAACGAGCCCAUCCAUGUGCGCCGAGUACGCACAAGAGAUCGACGCUCAUCUCCGAGAAGCAGAAUUGCGAACGCGCCCCAAGCCUCAUUAUAUGCGAAAGCAGAAUGACUUGGAUGCCCGAAUGCGAUCGAUUCUCGUUGACUGGAUGAUGGAGGUUGCUCAAGAAUAUCGCAUGGUUGAUGAGACCAUCUACCUGGCCGUCAACUACAUGGACCGAUUCUUGAGCCAAAUGUCAGUUCUUCGCGGAAAGCUCCAACUCGUUGGAACUGCCGCCAUGCUGAUUUCUAGUAAAUUUGAAGAGAUUUACGCCCCGGAAGUCAGUGAAUUCGUCUAUAUUACGGACGAUACUUACACGAGGCAACAAGUUCUAAAAAUGGAGAACCUCAUGAUCAAGACUCUUGGUUUCGAUCUUUGCGCGGUUACUCCACUCGACUACCUCAACCGAUUCAUUCGGGCUCUCCAGACUACCGACCCGCAAGUCAGCAAACUCGCCCGAUUCCUUUCUGACGUAGCUCUGAUCGACUACAAAAUGGUGCAGUACACACCUAGCUUGAUCGCUACAGCGGCCUGCGUGUACUCCAACUACAUUCUCCACGGAAAAGGAUGGGACGACUCAAUCGAGCACUACUCUGGCUACACUUGGGCUCAGGUUCUUCCAUGCCUGAGAGACCUCCAGAAGGCCCACGAAGACCAGAUCCUACACCCAAGCGCGACAUGCCUCGAGAAACACAACGGUGUCUCAAACAUUGCCCCAAAGUCUGGAGAGCCUCCAAAUACCGCUACAGUUGACUGUGGCUCUACCUCCUCCAGUUUAAAUAUUACGACCGACAGCUUAUAA